UUCAUUCGUCUUUUGAAUUCUGAACGCAACGGUUCGCUUAGCUCCCGCUACCCGCUCCACACGGCCUGGCCGAAAAGCGCAGUCCAUUGAAGAGUACAAAAAAAGAAACAGUUACAGACUUGUGCAAAAUCUCGGAGAAGAAAUAACAGAUUAAACAAAGUGAUAAGAGAAAGAGACAGUUAACUCCUACACCCGGCUACAAAGACCAGGGGAGAGUGAAAGAGAAAAGUGCAUCGCAAAGAGAGUGCAAAGUGCAAGACUAAUCCUCAACAAAGAAAUGGAUAUGAAUAUGGAUACCCUGCUGCUGCCAUCGCCGCCAGCAACGCCCCCCCUGAGGGAAAAUAAAUUGGAAAAUGUGGUCAAGGACGAGCAACAGGUGAACGAGAACCUGCUGAAGGCCAAGCUGAAACUGGUGGCCCAGAAGAGCCAGAAGAAUGGCGGCGGCAUCAUCACACCCAAUCCCUCGGACACUGAGGAUGAGGCACCCGAAAUGGACGAUGUGCCCAGCAAGAAGCCACGCCUGGAGCAGCCUGCGGUGACCAUGACACCGCCGCCCGACCAGCAGAAAUCCGAGGAAGAGGAUGAGUCCAAGAGCGAUGAUGAGCCCAAACGUGUCAGUGUCAUUAUGCGGGUGAACAGCUCGGGCGCCGUCUCCUCUUCCCAGAAUGAGAACAGCUCCAGCUCCUGCUGCAGCUCCUCCUGCACCACCACAACCACGAGCAGCACAGUCAGCCCAGCCAUGGAGGAUGACUAUCCUGAGGCGAAUGUGUGGCGCAAUCUCAAGUUCAAGAUGAACCGCAAGCGGGCCGCCGAGGUGGCCUUGCCCCAGCCCCCAGCAUCAGUCCAAGCACCAGCUCCAGCACCGACUCCAGAACCAGCGGAAGAGCCGCAAACAGAGAAAACGGAACCCAUUGCCAUUCUGCCAGCCUCCAGCAACAGCAUCUACAUCGCCACACCAGCCUCACCAUCAAUCGCCUGUGCAUCCCAGCUGCUCCUGCUCAGCACAGUAGCCGCCCAGCAGUGCCCCAACCCAUGUCCGGCGUCCAGCCCCAAGGCCGAGUCGCCAGCCGAAAAGCAUCAGCGCAUCACCGCCGCCCAGGCAGCGGCCACCCGCAGCCGCAUCUAUGAGUGCAGCUUCCCGGAGUGCGGCAAGAAUUACUUCAAGAGCAGCCACCUGAAGGCCCAUCAGCGCGUCCACACCGGCGAGCGUCCCUUCGUGUGCAAGUGGGAUAACUGCGACAAGCGUUUCUCCCGCUCCGACGAGCUCUCCCGCCACAAGCGCACCCACACCGGCGAGAAGAAGUUCCAGUGUGGCGUCUGCCAGAAGAAAUUCAUGCGCAGCGAUCACCUCUCCAAGCACGUGAAGCGUCACAACAAGGACAAGGCCAACGGCGUCAAUCGCAACGUCUCUGUGGCUUCCAACUCCUCCUCGGCAGCCUCGGUGUCCGCCCUCUGCGACCCCACGCUGCACCUGAGAGCCAUUGCCCCAGCGGCUGCCGUAUCCAGCUCAGUACAAACAUCGCUGCCAGUCACGCAAUCCUCACCAGCCACGCUUCAGGUGUACAGUGCCCAGGAUUUGUUGCGACUGCAGCAGCAGGCGAGCGGCUUUACCUUCAGCGGAGUGGGAACUCUGCUGCAGGCGCAGCGAUAAAGAGAGACCAGCAGGAGCAACGCCAAACCAAUCUCAUCCCACAACACAGUAUCACCAGCUGGACAGCAGAGAGCGAAAGCGUAGAGAGAGAGCGUGAACGGAGCCCAGCUGGGGUGUAGUUUUAAGCAAUAGAUUUAAGAGCUAGAUCUUGUCAUCGUUUUGUGCAUAUAUCAAGUUAAUAUUCAAUAACCCUUUGCUACGCUUCGAACUGGCGCUGGAUCGCAUGCCGAUCCAUUUCAGUGGAUUAGUGGCGGAGGCAGCGCCACUUCAUUCUUUCCAAGGGCACAGAGCACACACAUGUUAGUUUAGCGAUCUGCUGAUUCUAAUUCUGAUUAUACCUAGUGCAUCUUUAUACACAUAUACGCGUAUAUUUAGCGGCAACAUCUGUGAUAUUUAAGUUUUCUUACCUAUUAACUAUUUUCUAUAUUGUAACAAUACUGUAGUUAUCGCUCGUACUCGUAAUUCUCCUAA